AUGGAUUUUGUUUUGGAAUAUGGACUUUGUGUUCGAAGCGAAUUGAGUAUAAAAAGGAUUAAGUUUGAGCAUAGUGAGAUGUCGGAUUAUCAUGAAUCUAGUAGGGAAACCAAGCCUGUUAUUCCUGCACAGAGUGGUAGUAAUGAGGAAAAGUACAUUGGGGAGGUGUUUAUCAUUGAGAUGAUGCAACAGUUUAUGAAUCUGAAGCAGUUGGGCAGAAAAAUAUAUGAGUAUGAAUGUGAGUUCCACAGAUUGAGCCGAUUUGCAUCGGAUUAUCUUCCAACAGAGAAAGCAAUAAUUGAUAGGUUUAUUUCUAGAUUGGAUCCUCGUUACAGAAGGAUUUUGGUUUCUCAUCAUUUUACUGCUUUCCAAGAAGAAGUAAACAAAUCUAAAGCUAUGGAGAACGUUGACUUUAAAGAUCUAGAGGUGAAAAAGCCUCAAACAAGCAAAAGGUUUGGAAACUCUUACUCUGCGCCCUUUUUCAAAUGCAAUAAAGAUCCUGGCUCUACUUACUCUUAUAUUAGUGUAAGGCUGGUUAGAGACAGGGGAAUCUCUUUAGAACCUAUUUCUAGUGAUAUUGUGGCUAUCAAUCCACUGGGUCAUAGUGCGAGGAUUAGUCGGAUAUGUUGGGUAGAUUUUUGUUUGAAGAGAUUGUUCUUAAAUGAUGCAAAAGGUUCAGAGAUAAUAUUUGUUGGAGAAAUGGGAAAUCCCUUAUGCAAUUUAAAUAUUAAAGAGGAAGAUACAUCAAAGAUAGCUUUCAAGACACGGUAUGGACAUUACGAGUUCAUGGUUAUGUCGUUUGGUUUGACCAAUGCUCAGGAAGCAUUUAUGGAUUUGAUUAACCGAGUAUUUCAGCCUUACUUGGAUCAGUUUAUGGCGGUAUUUAUUGAUGACAUUCUAGUGCACUCGAGCAUAGAGAAAGAGCAUGAUGUUUACCUACGUACUGUAUUCCAAAUCCUUAAGGAGAAAAAGUUAGAUGCCAAGCUGUCAAAGUGUGAGUUUUGGAUGUCGGAAGUUUCUUUUUUUAGCCAUGUGGUCUCAGUAGAAUGGAUAAAGUUUUAUCCUAAGAAAUUUCAGGCGAUACUGGAGUGGAAACCCCCAAAUAAUGGUGCAGAUAUUCGAAGCUUCUUAGGACUUGGUAGUUAUUAUCGAAGGUUCAUGAAGAACUUUUCGAUUAUUGCUUCUCCACUGACCAAGCUAUUGAGAAAAGAUGUUCCAUUUAUUUAG